AUGGCACUGGCACUGGCACCACCCACCUCUCUAGUGUUCAAAGUACAAAGGUGCAAACCAGAAUUGGUUGCUCCUGCAAAGCCCACACCCUAUGAAUUCAAACAACUUUCCGAUAUUGAUGACCAAGAGGGUCUUCGAUUUCAAAUCCCAACCAUAGAUUUCUAUAAAUAUGAUCCCUCAAUAUUGCAAGAGAUCAGAGACCCAGUGAAAGUCAUCAGAGAAGCACUUGCACAAACACUAGUGUUUUACUACCCAUUUGCUGGUAGGCUUAGGGAAGGACCUGGCCGAAAGCUUGUUGUAGAAUGUACCGGUGAGGGUGUUGUGUUUAUUGAGGCCAACGCCGAUAUUAUGCUUGAACAGUUUGGUGACGUACUUCAUCCUCCAUUCCCAUGCUUAGAGGAGCUCCUUUUUGAUGUUCCCGGCUCUGGGGGCAUCCUUAAUUGCCCAUUAUUGCUUAUUCAGGUGACGCGUCUCAAGUGUGGUGGUUUCAUCUUUGCCCUUCGCCUAAACCACACCAUGAGUGACGCCGUUGGAUUGGUGCAAUUCAUGAUGGCCAUAGGUGAGAUAGCACGUGGUGCAUGUGCCCCCUCCAUCUUACCCGUGUGGCAGAGACAUCUCCUUCAAGCAAGAGAUCCAACUCAAGUGACAUGCACGCACCGUGAGUACGAUGACAUGGCCUCCACCAUUGUUGUCCCAAUCCCACUCAACGAUGACAUGGCCCAUCGUACCAUUUUCUUUGGCUCAAAAGAGGUCUCUGCCCUCCGGAGAUUCAUGCCACAUCACUUGAAACAAUGCUCAACCUUUGAGUUGCUCACCGCAUGCCUCUGGCGUUGCCGUACCAUAGCUCUUCAGACAAACCCCCAAGAAGAGGUUCGUUUGUUGUGCGUUGUCAAUGCACGUGACAAAUUGAACCCUCCUUUACCCAAUGGUUAUUACGGUAACGUUUGUGUGUUCUGUGUUGCACUCACAACAGCAGGAAAGCUUUGUAAAAAUCCAUUGGGUUACGCUGUGGAAUUGCUGAAGAAGGCAAAAAAGAACGUAACAGAGGAGUACUUGCGGUCGAUGAUUGAUCUUAUGAUAAUUAAGGGUCGGCCUCACUUCUAUGUGGUUGGGUCGUAUCUUGUGUCGGAUGUGACACGUGCUAGAUUUGGAGAGGUGGACUUUGGGUGGGGUAAACCGUUUUAUGGUGGGCCUGCAAUGGGUGAGGGGAGGGCCAUACCCGGAGUGGCUAGUUUCUAUAUUCCUAGUAAGAAUAGUAAAGGAGAGAAUGGGAUAAUAAUGCCAAUUUCCCUGCCAGUCCAAGCCAUGGAAAGAUUUGAAAACCAGUUGAAUAUAUUGAUUGUUGAAGGACCAACUAGUCACUUAUAA